AUGUAUGAUAACUCUGUUCCUUCGAAACAUUCAGCUUUAGACGGGCUGUAUUCAUUCGUUGAUGAAAUCGGUUCAGGUGGAUUCGGUAAAGUUAAACUGGCGGUUCAUUUACUUACAAAUCAGAACGUUGCCAUAAAAAUAAUUGAUAAAAAGGCCAUUGGCAAGGAUUUGCCGCGUGUGAAAACUGAGAUAGAUGCAUUAAAAGCUUUGUCGCAUCAAAACAUUUGUCGUCUUUAUCAGUAUAUUGAAACCGAGGAUAAAGUUUACAUCAUAAUGGAACACUGUAGUGGUGGUGAACUUUUCGAUUAUAUUGUUAAAAAGGAAAGAUUAGAAGAAUCGGAAGCAAGACAUUUCUUUCGACAACUUGUGCAAGCAGUAGCUUAUAUGCACAGUAUGGGUUUUGCUCAUCGCGAUUUAAAACCAGAAAAUUUGUUGCUUACGGAUGAAUUGCACUUGAAAUUAAUUGAUUUCGGUCUCUGUGCUCGACCAGAAAGUGGUUUAAGUUGUACAUUGGCAACAUGCUGUGGGUCACCUGCAUAUGCAGCUCCGGAACUUUUACAAGGUCGUCGUUAUUUUGGAAAUGAAGCAGAUGUUUGGUCAAUGGGAGUGUUACUUUAUACUUUAUUAUGCGGUUCACUUCCGUUUGAAGAUGAUGAUUUAUCACGUUUGUAUAAAAAAAUUUUACGUGGUGUUUAUUAUGAGCCAGAUUACUUGAGUGAUUCUAGCAAGGAAUUGUUGCGCUCUCUUCUUCAAGUGGUUCCUAAACGUCGAUUAACAUUGGAAGAAUUGAUUAUGCAUCCCUGGAUUAAUAAGAAAUAUUCUCAAACCUUAAAAUGGAAAUCAAUUUAUGACGUGAAUUUUAUUUUUUAUUUAAAAUUUAUUUGUGAAAUAAAAAUUUUUUUUAGUCAUUCAGUGAAUAUCUUCAUAUAUAUCUUCUUUAAGAUUUUGCCCUUUUAUUUAUUAAUUAUUUCAGUUUUAAAUUUACUUUCGUCACCUACAAUCCACGCUUCACUGGAUGAUGAAUUGAAUAAGUCAGGAUUGGAUAAUGAUGAUUUUUAUGAAGCUUCUUCAGAAAACCUCCAUGAUGCUGUUAAAAUUCAAGGUUGUGACAUGAAUGGAAAUAACGAUGAAAGUUUUGCCACUGCAUUUACUACUCCAUCAAUUACUAAAGUAUUAUUGGCAUUUUUUAAUUUUUUUGAAAUCAUUUUUUUUUCUAAUUUUUUCCUUUUCAAAAUUAAAAAUCGUUUAUCCAGAUCUGCUAUAAAAACACCACGUUUGAAACAACGCGUAUUUGCUUCACUAGAACGACAAGCUGAUAAAAUGAUUAAUUUACUCACUCCUAAAAAGGUGAAAAAUCCUUCACCCAAUGUAUUAAAACAAGCAAAGACUAUGGUGAACAUUUCAAUCACGUCAUCUAAAAAUCCUGAAAUUGUGCGCUGUGAACUUUUGAGGGUGUUUAAUGAACAAAAUAUCAUUACGGAACAGCAUGGAUGGAAACUAUCAGGAAGGAAAAGAGAUGAAUUCGGGCGUGUAAUGACGGUAGAAUUAGAAAUCCUCAUGAUCGAACUAGGAAAUAAAGAAAAAUUGGUUGGAGUUAAACGAAAACGAUUAUGUGGUGAUGCGUUUUUGUACAAAAAAGUUUGUGAACAAGUAUUACAGCUGGCUGGCUUAUGA